AUGUCGACGCUGGACCGGCGGCUGCGGCACCACCACGGCCGGCGUACUGCGUCGGGGUGCCGGCAGCUCGUUCUGUUUGUUUGGCGGUCGGCGGUGCAGCACGCGCGGGACGGCGGGACGCUGCUGCGCAACGCAGCCAUCGUCGGCGUGGCGGGCACGCUGCUCGGCUUCCUGUACGAGGGCACGCUCGAGAAGGCCGUCUGCGCGCACGUGCAGGACAUCCCCUUCCCGAACGGCCCCCACGCUUGGGAGGAGGGCUGCCGCGCGCGCCUCGCCUCGGGAGGCGCCUUCACCGCGGCGCCCGUCUUUUGCUUCGGCGAAGGGACGCCGGCGGCGAGGAUCGACUUGGCGCAGUUUCGCGACGUGACCUCCAAGUUGGUGCAGGCGCUCACGCUCACCCUCCUCGCCGUCACCAUCGUCUCCAUCCAGGUCUCGCUCAACUUGCUCGGCGGAGAGCGCGCGAUCUACUGGAGGGAGUCGCGGCAUUACUCGGUCUGGGCCUACCUCCUCGGCAAGACGGCCGCCACGCUGCCGCUCACGCUGGCGUACCCCUUCCUCUUCCUCCUCCCCUUCUACCAGCUCUUCCGCCCGUGGGCGACGCAGCUCGCGGGCGGCGUGAUGGCGCUGCUGCUCACUUGCCUCUCUGGCUCCUUCCCGCUCAUCACCGCGCCGCCCAUCAAGGCCGUCUCCUUCGCGUCUCUCUCGCGCUGGGGCGUCGAGGCGCUCCGUGCCCGCCGCGUCGCCCCCCUCCUUCACGGCUCUUCACGCGCCCCCGGCUGGCAGCAGGCGCUCUACGCCAACGAGAUGUCUCCCUUCUACUACGGCGAGCCGUCGCUGCGAGGCCGCGGCUGCUGCACGUACGAGUAUGCGGCCAGCCCGCAGCUGCCCAUCCCGUACCCCCUCGCGUGGAACGCGUCGACGCCGUGCCGCAACCCGCUGCCGCCCGGCUCGGCCGAGAAGGUCGCCUCGCUACUCGGCGGCCAGUACGGCUACACGGCCUGGUGGAGGCACAACGACUGCGGCGAGGGGAGCGUGCGCGGGCCGGGGGACCCGCCCCCCGACAUUGUCGGCUGCGGCACGUGGGACGGCGAGCAGCCGCUGCUCGGGCUGCUAGCCAUCGCCAUAGUGGCGCGGCUGCUAGUCCUCGUCGCGCUACUCGUCAAGGACCGGCGGCGGCGUAAGUGACGCCCGGACGACCUCACUCUGUGCGCCGUCCGCGCCUCCCCUGCGUACUCGAGGCGCUGUCUAUGGAGUCUGACCGAUCGGUGCGCAGCGCGAGAGGGAGAGCCGAGGCCGGUACUCAAACUGUUCGCCCCGAGCCGUGGUGUCCGCCUCUCGCUCUGCACAGUGCACUGGUCUGUGGUGUCAUAGCCGAGAGCCGGGUAGACGUAGGCGCAUCGCCGCGCCCCCCGCGCCCCGCACCCGCCCUCGAGAGAUCGGCAGUGGAGGCACAGGGUUCAGGCACAAAAGUGUACCUUCGUUUAAGCGAGAAGUGUGGAGACGU